CCAUGGAGUAACCUAAAGUAGUCACAUGAAGAUGUCUGACAACGCAGAGUCCCCAAUAGAAACGCAAAAAGAGGAGUCACAACCGCCGUCAGACGACUCGACGACAAACGAUGAUAAGAAAAAAAUUGAUGUGCUGCUAAAGGCAGUAGGAGACACUCCUAUAAUGAAAACAAAGAAGUGGACCAUGGACAGGGGGAGGACGGUACAGUCCCUGUCUCAGUUCAUCUCUCGUUUCCUCAAGCUUGACGGCAGUGAACAACUGUUCAUUUAUGUUAACCAGUCCUUCGCCCCCUCACCGGAUCAAGACGUAGGGGUCCUCUUUGAUUGCUUUGGCAGCGAUGGGAAGCUGAUUCUACAUUACUGUAAAUCUCAAGCCUGGGGUUAAACUGUCUUCACCUUCCUCUUUCUUCAAUUCAUCCUCCAAACAUGCACACAAUGUUCUUUUUGCUUCUUUCUUUUUUUCUUUAAGUUUUUCUGUACAUACAUA